UAUAAAAUGGCGAAGAGUGGGGUCCCACGUGUGUUGUGCAAAGUGUUAAACAUCCGAAAAAUAGUAGUAUUAUCAUUAUAACGUAGAGACACAAGUACUAAUUAUUAUUUCCACAUUAAGAUAAUUAAUAAUGACGUAGAGGCGCUGUAUAUGGUGGGGUCUACUACGUCAUUCAAGAGAAUAUUUAACCUUGUCAACCGAUCAGUCCCAUUCCAGUAGCCGAAGACUGGAACAAUAAUCAACAAUCGAUGGAUAACCUAACGCAACAGGAGCGCGCCCGCGCUGGGAGAUAUUGGAUGCUUACACUGAUACUGCUAAUAAUAGGGGUGUUCGUGGUGCUGAUCAUCUCAGCCGUAUUCGUAUGGAUACCCGGAAUAUUCAUAUCGCUUUUAACAAUUAUAGUUUUUGUAAGCCUAUGGGCGUUCAUCUGGACCUCAAAAGAGAAUCCAGAGUGUCAGCCUUCACAUGUUGCAACAUCUACAGAUGCACCAAGAACCAUAGUGCAGAGAACAACUGAAGUAUCAAGAACGCAGUUACCAAGAACAGAAAUUCCAAUGGAUAUACGACGAGAAUGGUCGCGAGAUCAAGACAGUUCUCUGGCUUCUCGUCAAAAUGGAGCGGUAGCCUCAGCCCCGCCAGAAUCACGGCCGACAGAUCCACCACCUUCCUAUGCAACAGUGGUUGGAGCAGAGAAUGGUUUACUAGAAGGAGGUAUUCAACCACCAGGCUGGAGAUUAGCAAGCUUACUAGACGCAGUAGAAACCAUUGUAGAAAUAUACGACAAUAUAAACGACAAUAUAAACGACGAUUCAUAGGAUCAAUCACUGCCAUCACUAAUUUCCCACAUCACAGAGAUGCAAAGACUGCAAUAAUUAUUGAUAAUGCGAAGACAGGACUCAAUAUUCAUCCGUCAUAUGUCAUUUAAAGAAUAAUUUUACUUUUUGAAUUGUCACUCAUCAAUGCAAAGACAUGACUCAAUGUUCAUCCGUGAUCUGUUAUGGAAAGAAUAAAUUUAAUACCAGAAGAA